AUGCGUCGUUACUUGGAUGCGGGUUUGAAAGGCUACACACGGGCCAUCACUUCGGAGAAACUCGAGGCAGUAGUUGCUCGAUGCGUUUUUGCUAAACAGCAGGACACCGCUGCUUCCUUUAACGUUAUGCUCAGUCGAAUUCAACUAGCAUGCAAGGUCACAAGUAUGCUGGCAGACAAGGACAGGGCCUACAAAUCGACGCAGGUCAUAUGGGACGCUUGUCUGGGGCACGUUGAGGACGCGCUGGUUUAUAGAGAAUUCAAUGAGAUGUGUGCGUCUGGAAGAAAGUACGCACGGUUGGCGGCAGGAGGGUCAAUCUAUGUACUUAUGGUGAUCGCUCUUCGCAACCAACGAUGGACUAUCCGUAGGGGCCAUGUCAACCUCUCAACGGACAUCGGUAACCUGCUGAGAUGGCCUGACGAUUCAGAAGAAGGCAAAAUGAUCACGGAGUCUAUCAUACCCAUGGUCGCACUUCUAGCUCGUACCUGCCCUAUCAAGAUCGAGGAGAUCAUGCAAGAUUCAGCUCUGCUCGAGCUCAACGGCGUGCCUGCAGAGAUACUGUGCAGUGACCUAGCCAUAUCUGACAAAUUGUUCGAGAGCGUCAGGUCCAAUUCAUUUGUACUAGUCCCUAGGCACAAUGCUGCAUGGGCACAAUUUGAUAGCAUUUCCAAAUCGAAUGGGACAACUGACGCCUCGAACGACACUCCCUCGCCAUGUGAUAGGGAGGAAUCUCCAUUAACCGUAUUCUCGGAGGAAUCUGAGCCCAGAUCCAUAGAUGCUCAAGGGGACUGUUUGGCGUUGGCUAUGACGAUCCCUACCGAGUCAGCGGGCGUGCAAGUGCAGACCAUUGCAACCUCAUACGAUCCCGGACACACCAAUAACUCACGUUUCCCAGCUUGUCGAGAUAGGAAUGAUAACAAUGAAUGGACGGAGAGAGCUCGUGCAGAGGCAUGUGGAGCUAGCAAACCAGCAGACCUCCAGGAGCUGGAGACCACGUUGAGCACGAUGUAUGUCUCAGGGAAACGACGCACUCAGGACUCAUAUACAAGGGUGGCCUUGGACGGCGUGAAGGAUGUCCUAGCGAUACAAGGUGCUGACGAAGCACUUCUGGCAAGCAUAUGCACGUCUAUGCCAGAGGCUAUGAAACGCAGCCUCACCCAGCGGUUCAUCUCGUGUUUUGACUCAGAUCCCUUGCAAGCCAGGACCACAGCAUCGGAUCCUCUCACGCAGCCGUACGAGACUCUCCAUUUCUCUUGGUACAACAGGCACUGUACUCAGGGACACAACGCGCCCCAGGACGUCCUGCCUCGUAUGAUGAGGCGUGCUGGUGUCAGCAGAACCAAUCACAGCCAGCUAAUGCCUUACCCGUUGAAAGACAUGGUUGAUAAUGCAGCGCUCUACGAGUCCCUCAACAGCAUUCUAGAGGACGUCUUUGCCUGGAUUGAUGGAAAGGUACUGUAA